UUAAAUAACUUUAGUUCUUUCUGAAUUUUGUAACUAAUAGUAAUUUUAAUGCAUUAGACUACUCUAUACUUUGACAACCCCCAACUCCAAAGUGGAGUAACUAAUAAAGUUAAUGUCACGUGACUAGAAAACAGCCCGGCCGUUCCCUCAAUCCUUUGCACAACUCCAGGUUUAACGCAUCGAGCUUUCUUGCCUUUUAACAAUCCCACCCCCUCCAAAUCCAAACCCCCUUGCAGCCACUUUGUCAGUGUAUAUAUAUAGUUCGUAUGUGUACUUUGCUUGGCCAAGAGCUGUGUUAGAUAUUCAUAGAGACAUAGAUAAUCGUACUACUACAUGAUCAAAGAUUCAAACUUUCCUUCUUUUUUUCCCCUUCUCAUAUAAGACGUUUCUAAGAUCCACCUUAAUCUUGGAUUCUUGUUUUUGCUUAGGACAAGAAAAGAUUCCAUUUUCUUAAAGGAUCUUUGAGUAUUCAGUCUUUGUUGCUAAUAGUGUCUAUUUUGGAGUCUUGUCAGCUAAAGAAUUGGCCUUUAUCUUUUUCUUUCUGUGUAAUUUGUCAUCAUCUUUCUGUUAUUGUACAAUUCUUGAACAAAUUGCUGCUUUAAUCACCAGCCAGCUUGCUGCAAGACUGCUACUUUGGUUUCUUGGAAUGUGCCAAGAUGAUAUGUUUAUUUAGAGCACAAAGAUUUGAUUUUGGGCAUGUCCAUUUGAAAAUGUCUUGGAUUAAGCAUAGUAAAGGUGGUGUGUUUGCAUAUGCCCCUUCUUUAUCUCCCUCAUCUUAUUCUUCAUUUAGUGCAAGUUCUAAUUUUCACAAAGCACCAAGUCUUUCUCCAUCCUCUUCUGGGAACAAAAUUAGUCCUGCUGUUCUUAUCAUUAUCAUCGUAUUAGCGGUUAUCUUUUUCAUAUCAGGUCUUCUCCAUUUACUUGUUAGAUUUCUUAUCAAACAACCUUCUUCUUCAGCAUCGUCACCCGAGUCUAAUAGACAGCCAGAAGUUUCUACCUCUGAGGCCUUGCAAAGACAAUUGCAGCAGCUCUUCCAUCAACAUGAUUCUGGUCUUGAUCAAGCAUUUAUUGAUGCAUUACCGGUUUUUGUGUACAAAGAGGUUGUAGGUCCUACUAAAGAGCCUUUUGAUUGUGCUGUUUGUUUGUGUGAAUUUUCUGUGAAGGACAAGUUGAGGUUGCUUCCAACUUGUAGCCAUGCUUUCCAUAUCAACUGCAUAGAUACUUGGCUCCUAACAAACUCAACUUGCCCCUUAUGUAGAGGAACCCUUUUCAAUCCUGAAUUCUUAACGGGGUUCGAUUCUGAUAGCCCCAUAGAAGAAUCUGGGUGUACUGGUAAUAGAGAUCAUGUGUUGUCUGCUGCUCAGAAAACAAUUGAAAUAGAGGAAGUUGCAGUUGAUAAAGCAGCAACCUUUCCUGUGAGACUGGGUAAGUUUAAAAAAUUGAAUGUUGGGGCUGAGGAGGGAGAAGGAGAGUGUAGUAGUAGUAAUUUGGAUGCUAGGAGAUGCUAUUCAUUGGGAUCAUAUCAGUAUGUGGUUAGUGAUUUUAAUCUUAUGGUAGACUUGAGCAGUGAGCAAAACGCGUGCAAUGUUAAGCUUGCCAAGUUGCGUGAACGGUGUGCUAGUCUGUCAAAGGAAGGUGAUGGGGAUGGGAAAAGGAUAAGUAUUGGAACAAAGACUGAUAGCUACUCUUUUUCCAAGAUUUGGCUUUGGUCGAAGAAGGGCAAAUUUGCAAGUUCUUCGGAAUGUCAAUUGGAGAAUCCACGCCCUAAUAUGGACUUACCAUGGUUGGCAAAAAAAGAAGGCAAUUAAAAGGACAUUCUGGCUUGGUUUCUUUGAUAAUGUUUUUGUUAUCUGAUGGCACAGAGGUAACGGAAUUCUUUGAGAUGCUGCAGGAACAAAUCAUGCUACAUGACAGCAAGCUUAGAUUGUAGAGUUAACCAUACUUGUAUGCUGUGAUUGUUUGUAUUUGAUUUUUUCUUUUAUCUUGAUAUCCUACAGCAUAUUCAUCUCUUCUUGAGCUGAGGGUCUAUCAGGAUCAGCCUCCCUACCCUUAAGGUCUUGCGUACACUAUCUUCCCUAGACUCCACCUAUGGAAUUAUACCGAGUAUGUUGUCUUUGUUGUUGUUGAAGUCCUACAACUUACA